AUGUGCGUCCUAUGCACCGGCCUCUUCCUUCUACAGGCCCGAAGACGUACGUGCCUAGCCGUCUCUCGUGCGUCGUUGCCGCGGAGGAUGUUGAUGGCGACGCUUGAGUCGUUUCCUCGAGCUGACGGAGCACGGCGGGAUACUCCUAAUCUUUGUAUACUUACCCACAGAUCCAUCAUCACCACCGUCCUACUCCAAAAUAUCUACGCCUGAAUCAUACUACUGUACUUGUUUUUACGUUCAACGACCAUCAGCUAUCCUUCGCCAUCUCGCCAACGUACAUACUGUAUUCCUCCGCUGUACUCAUCUUUCGCAGAUACGCACAUCAACUCUCCUCCAUCUGCUGCCUGUAUGUUUGCUACAUUAACCACUGCUCCUAGGUAAAUUCAUCACGCCACCGUCCGCUUUGUCUAC